UCUUGUGUAUGCUUCAGGUGGCCUAGAUAACUAAUUACUGCCCCGUCGCGUGGGUGCAUUUACAGCUGCCUCUCCUCGUUUUAUCUUUGUUUUUAUUUUUUGCGAUAUCUUCUUCGUUCCAUCCGGCAGCUUGCUUUCGGCGUUGCACCGUCCAUGCUCGCCAUGGUUCGCUCUUCUCCCAUUUCGUACACGGCUGCGCUGCUGUACCUGUUCGCGGCUUCCGGGUCGGCCCAGACCUUCACCAUCGCCAACGGCCAGAUCUUCACGCCGGGUCUGGUCAUCUUGGAUGCGCCUCAACCGGGAACCCCGCUGGGCGGAGACAAUCUCCAUGUCGCGCUGGACGUGUCAACUAACGGCAGGAUGCCGCUGCCGCCAUACGCCAAGGACAGUCCGACCAAGAUCUUCAACGUGACCAUGUUCCUGUCCAGCUACGUGACUGGGCGUAACUUCACCAUCACCAACGGCACGGCGACGGCCAACGAUGCCAGUCUCGGCGACAUCAUGUUCCAGGAACCUGGCAGCACAGUGAAGCACGUCAACUGGCUCUGGCCCGACUGUCUGGUGGGUAAUGGGCAGCCCAGAUCAGCCGACAGCGACCGCGGCGCUUAUAACAUCUCCAUCCGCCAAAACUUCCGCCUCAACGGCCAAGACCAUUACACCAUCUUCGACGUGCCCAUCUCCGUGACCAACAGUAUCGAGGAGAAGGACGGACGGCCCUCGUGCGAUGCGCUCAACAACGCGCUUCUGACGGAGGAGGAGCUCAACGCAACCGCCGCCAACGCCGUCGGCGUGCUCUUCGCGCCGGGCGACCCGACCAAGAUCCAGGUCGGAUCUGACCAGGGCAACGACAAUGGCAGCGGCGACGCGCUCGGUAAGCCCAAGCCGGAGGCGACGCCGGGCGAUGGACUCGGUGCCGGAAGUAGCUUGAGCUGGAGGAGCGGCGCACACUGGUUGUGCCUGGCGAGCAUUGGCGCUGCGCUGAUGCUCUGAGAAAGAAGAAAGGCGAGCUUGGUUGUGAUUGGAGACUUUGUGGCGUGAGUUACGAAUGCUGUUUACUUUUGAUGAUACCCAUACGCAGGAGACCUGUAUUAGUUCAUAUUUCUUAAUCCAGUCUGCCACGUGCAUAUGGAUUCGUGGCUUUUCCUUGGCAGGCAUUCCCGAGACUGUCACAUUACAACGCGGCGACUGAAAAUAAAAUAAAAUAAGAAAACUGAAAAC